AUGAAGUUGGAAACUUGUGUAUAUUCAGGAUAUAAGAUUUAUCCAGGACAUGGGAAAAGGAUGGUUCGUGCUGAUGGAAAGGUGCAAAUAUUUUUGAAUAAAAAGUGCCUACGAUCGUACAAAUUGAAGCGAAAUCCUCGUGACAUACCGUGGACAGUGUUGUAUCGCCGUAAACACAAAAAGGGUGUUCAUGGUGAAGAAAAUGCACAAAAGAAACGUACACGACGCGUUAUACAAAUUGCGUCUCGAGCAGUUGGCAAUGUUUCACUGGAAGCUAUACUUGCAAAACGAAAUCAGAAACCAGAAUUUCGACGUGAACAACGUGAACAAGCAAUAAAAGCUGCGAAAGAAGCUGCGCGAGCUUCAAAGAGCGAGAAGAAAGCAGCAAAUAAGGCAUUGAAGGAGAAGAAGGCUGCUCCACAGAAGAUGAAGAUACCAAAACCGACGAAAACCCAGCAACCACGAGUUGGUGGCAAACGCUGA